UUCCUCCGGAACAAUAUCCGGCGCACAAUAACAGGAAAGCAAAGCGGUAGAGCAGCGCUCACCUGUUCAGAGCCCAGUCUCCUCUAAAAUUAAUAUUUUUUUCUUCUGCAACCAAAAGUGGGUGACACUUUCUGAGGAAUAAAAGAUAAUGUCAGUCUGACCUCAGGGAAACACCAUGCUCCAAGCCAAGCUGACGAGCCAGUUGACUCUGAAAGCCCUGAGGAGGAUUCACCAUGGAGCCUCUUACCCCUGUCUUUACUCACUGUCAGACUGCUUCCUUCGCAAGGAAGGAAUGACGACUAAAUAUGGUCUCCGCCUAGACUCCGGUGUGUUAAGAAGAGUGUUUUACAGCCAGGGUGCAAUCCGCCCAUCAGUCCGACUACGUGAGACUCAGCACUAUGGGAGAAGAUCGUUCAGUUUGUCAGCUGCUACGAUUGUGAAUUCAGCACCAGCGCCUGUCCAGCCGUACCUCCGAUUGAUGAGGCUCGACAAACCUAUUGGGACAUGGCUGCUGUACCUCCCGUGUACAUGGAGCAUCGCUCUGGCUGCCGACCCUGGAUGCCUCCCGGAUCUGGGCAUGCUCACUCUGUUUGGUACAGGUGCUCUGCUAAUGAGAGGAGCAGGCUGCACCAUCAAUGACAUGUGGGAUAAAGACUUUGACAAAAAGGUGUCCAGGACAGCCACUCGACCCAUUGCCUCAGGGGAGAUUUCUCGAAUGCAGGCACUAGUCUUCCUGGGGGGGCAGCUCUCUCUUGCACUUGGGGUUCUCUUGUGCCUCAACUAUUACAGCAUCGCUCUGGGCGCUGCUUCGUUAUCUCUUGUCGUUACCUACCCGCUGAUGAAGAGGAUCACGUAUUGGCCACAGUUUGUGCUAGGCCUCACUUUUAACUGGGGAGCGCUCCUCGGCUGGUCCGCUGUCAAGGGCUCCUGUGAUUGGUCUGUGUGCCUCCCGCUGUAUUUCUCAGGGGUGAUGUGGACGUUGAUAUACGACACUAUAUAUGCACAUCAGGACAAGGAGGACGACGCCAAGAUAGGGGUCAAAUCGACUGCGUUGAGGUUCCAGGAGCAAACCAAACCUUGGUUGAGUGGCUUCACUGUGGCCAUGAUGUCAGGAUUGUUUGCAGCUGGGGUCAAUGCUGAGCAGACUCUCCCUUACUAUGCUGUACUGUCCACAGUGGCCAUCCACCUAACACACCAGAUUUACACAUUGGACAUCCGUAAACCAGAGGACUGCUGGAAGAAAUUUGUCUCAAACAGAAACCUCGGACUGUUGUUAUUUUUAGGCAUUGUUGCCGGCAAUCUGUGGAAAGAGAGAAGAGAGACUUUGCUGCAAAAUGAAGAUUCAUUCCGAUAAGACAGGCAACCAGUGCACAGCAUAAUUUAUUACAUUUUGCGAAACAUCACAUACUGCAUCGUUGCACAGUAUCUUUGGGGAUUUUGACGAAGCUCCAUGAGAGAUCAAAAAGAUGUGCUGUAAGCUGUGUGAUUUGGACCCACACAUGAAAGUGACUGGCCGAAUUUCUCUGCUCAUAAAACAUCAUAGUUAACAGUUGUUGACUUGAAAAAAUCCCAUUCAACUGUAUUUUGAGAUUGAAUUAAAUAAUAAAUUCAUUUUACAUGUAUAGUGAAGUUCUUCUUCUAAGUACCCAUAUAACUGUGGAUCAAUUGUGGUUGUACACAAAAAUUCAAGAAACGAACAAAAAAAACAGCAAAAUAUUUACUUAAAUGAUUGGUGAAACUCAAACAUGUAUUGUUACGUUGGUAAAAACACUUAAACCUGCACUGAAUGAUUUUUGACCACCAGGGAGCAGUAGGACUCAUUUGAUUCACCUGAUGAAUGUUCUUCAAGUCACUGGACCAACAACUAUUGGGAAAAAUAUAUGGAUCUUUAGCUUGGCUCACUUCAUGAGUCACUGGUCUACUUCGGCUCUGUGCCUUUUCACGCGGGGCAGGUAGCGUAAACCCUCCCGGUCUGAGCUUGUUUGCUAGAAACUGCUUAUGAGGGGCUGGUGAGAAUAGUCACACACACCCGUGCAGUCUGCUGUAGGCGCAGAACCGAAACAGUUUGAUGAACGAGGCUAAAAGCUGCACGGAGAUCUUUUUUUCCCCCACACAUUUCCACAAUAAUGUCUGUCUCUUGCUCAUUUCCUCAUGUUUUUUUUAAUGUGGAGAGUGUUUGUUUGUAUAAUAUUAGGUAUUGCUGUGUAUAAUUUGAUGACUGGCUUUUUCUGUCCUGAUCGUUUUGAAUUCUAACCAAAUAUUGUUCCAUGGGUGAGU